AUGCAGCAGCAGCAACAGCAGCAGCACCAUCAACAACAGCAGCACAAGCAGCAGCAGCAGCAACACCAGCAGCAGCAGCAGCAGCAGCAGCACCAGCACCAGCACCAUCAACAACAGCAACACAAGCAGCAGCAGCAGCAACACCAGCACCAGCAGCAGCAGCACCAGCAGCAGCACCAUCAACAACAGCAACACAAGCAGCAGCAGCAGCAACACCAGCAGCAGCAGCAGCAGCAGCAGCAGCAGCAGCAGCAGCAGAUACCACUGUGUAAGAUAGCAUUCCAUAACUCAACGAGAAGGGGUGGGUCCCCAAGGAGGGGCUGA